CUGACAUCCUGGUCUGCAAUUGAGCAAAGCCUUACAAACUGUGCUGCUUUCUUGUAUUGUUGGUUAGCCCGUUAAUAUCAUAAAAGUCGCGUUGUAAGUAGGAGGCCGUUGCCAUGGCCGAUGAGGAGCUUUACAACGAGGAGCUGGGCGAGGGCGAGGAGCUUGGUGAGGGCGAAGGCGGCGACGAUCUUGAGCAGGGCGGUGAGGCGCUAGAUGAACAGGAACGAGACCUGGACGCCUUGAAACGGAGAUUGAAAGACAUGGAAGAGGAGGCUGCGCGAAUUAAGGCGUUGGCGGGUGUCGCCACUGACGGCGCAGCAGCCGGGACUUCGGGAGCCGCCAAUGGCGCUGCAGCGGCAGCCGCUGCAGCGGUUGCAGCUGCCGCUGCUGACGUGGAGAAAGCAGAGAUUGACUCGCGGUCCAUAUACGUCGGGAACGUUGACUACGGAUGCACACCCGAGGAGUUGCAGCAGCACUUCGCGCAAUGCGGCACUGUGAACCGAGUCACAAUCUUGACGGACAAGUUCGGGAACCCUAAGGGUUACGCCUACGUGGAGUUCUUGGAAGUGGACGCGGUGCAGAACGCAGUGCUCCUGGACAACUCGGAGCUGCGAGGCCGGCAACUUAAGGUCUUGCAAAAGCGCACCAACGUUCCAGGGCUCAAGGUGCCUCGCGGCCGUGGGCGGGGGCGCGGGCCGCCCGCCGGCUACUAUCCGCCGCCCCACUACGGAGGCCGAGGGUACUAUCCACCACCUUACCGUGGACGUGGGGGCUACUACGGAGCACCCCCGGGGUACCCGCCGCGAGGCCGUGGCCGUGGCCGGUUCUAUGCGCCGUAUUGAGCGCAGCAGCAGAAGCAGCACCACGUCAUUGAAGCGGAACAUGUGCCCGUAUCAGCAAAGCCGGCACGUGAGCCCGCUUCUGGUUCGCUAAAAAUCGGCAUGGCGUGCUGCACCACCCCGUCUUUUAAGUCCUCAAGACGGGGUGCAGCUAGGGAUGUCAGCAUUGGUGUGUAUCUUGUGUGUGUGGAAGGGUAGCCUGCGGCAUAUUGGAAAGUUGGAGCACCCUGUAAAUAGCUGGGCGUUUAGGAGAGGCCACGGGUGCCUCUUUCUUGGCGGCAAUGGGGCAGUGUCCAAACGGACUGUGAGGGCGGUAUGUCUGUGCGGAAGUGUUGUGACGGGUAGGGUUUGGGGAACGAACGAGUUCUGGACUGGCUCGUGUGGCUACCGUUGCGGGCUUAGGGACGGAGGCCAGGUGGGGCGCCAUGUCACUCUUUUUAAUUUGUUUCCAUCAACGUGCAAACAGUAAUCAUCGCACUUGACAUGUGCUGGACCCCUGGACGAAGCGUCGGGCCUUCGAACCACCUUUUCGUUUUGUUGUUUGAGUAUCGUUACGAUCUUGGAUGACCGCAAAGUCGUGCAUCCUUGGAUGAAGUACGCUUUGCAAUAGCUGAUAGGAACACCUACGUCUACUACUACAUCUAUUAAUACUACUACGAUGGUACGGUUCGCUUGUGCAUGCAACGCUUGGAUCGGGUUGGUUGCACGUUGGGCUGGUUGCAUGCUGGGUUCAAACCCUUAUGCUAAACGCACCUUGCUUGCUUGCUCACAUUCCGUGAGCCCGAGCGCAUUCUAUUACUAAUGACCUUUUCAUUCAAGGAUUUUUACGUACGGCGUGACGUGCGAGUUGCACAACGGCUUGUGUGCCCUUUUCCCAAGCUGUCCAACACUCUUGGAUAUAAACACCUAAUUAUGAGGAAUGACCCACUGCAACGAGCAAAAGGGCG